AAGCAUACCUAAUCAACACUUGAUAAAAUAUCACUGCGUAUCUAUCUCAACUUUCAUCAUAUCACAAUGACUGCUCCUUACGAACUUAUCUAUUAUACAGGCGUUCCGGGCCGUGGUGAACAUGUCCGGUUGAUCCUUGAGGAAGCCGGUGCUCCUUACCAAGACACUCAAUUUCUGACUUUUGAUGAAGCCCGUCAGCGCGUCACGACCUGGCUUGCUGGUGGCGGCCAUGGAAACCCGCGUUACUUCGCACCACCUCUCUUCAAGCAUGGAGACCUUGUCAUCUCCCAGACUCCCAAUAUCCUUCUGUACCUUGGCCCUAAGCUCGGGCUUGCUGGCUCUCAAGAUGAUGAUCUCUACCGAGUGAAUGCCCUUGCUCUCACCGCACUCGAUGGCUUAAGCAACGAGGUGCACGACUCCCACCACCCCAUCGCCGUCAUGCUACCUUGGGAAGACCAGAAAGAGGAAAGUAAAAGACGUAGUAAGGAAUGGGUCCAGAAUCGCCUACCUUCUCACCUCUCGUACUGGCAGAAGGUGUUAGAGAACGAGGAGCGGGGCCCGGGGCCAUGGCUAUUAGGGAACACAUUCACCUACGCCGAUUUGGUCCUAUUCCAGUGUCUUGAUGGUACGCACUACGCUUUCCCCAAGGCAAUGAAGCAGGCCAGAGAGACUGGGAAAUACGAUAGGGUAUUCAAGCUAUGGGAAGACGUCAAGGCUCGGCCCAACAUAGCCGCGUACCUUGCCAGUAACAGAAGACAGAAAUACCAAGACUGGGGCGUCUACCGGCACUACGAUGACAAUGACGUAGUUGCCGAGUAGCUUCUACCAGUAAAAAGGACGAGAGUUCAUACAUGCGGUUUAAAAAUGAAUAUGAGUGGUAGCUUGAUAGCAAUAAGUCUAAGGUAUCAGGGAUACCUAAUAUAUGAAGAAUCAUCGCGCUAUUUUGCAGGUUAUCUCCAACUUACACGAUGUAGAAAAUACUGGCUUCAAAACGCCAGCCUAACCUUCACAGCCCAUGCUAGAUGCCGUCAUUAGCCAUAGAACAGGGAUACAGGUAUCUUCUUCUACACUUUUGAUUAGACCUAGUAGCGCCACAAAUUUUAACGCGGGAGGCUGCAUAGAAUCGAAUACCGGAAAAGGACGUUUGUUCUGUGUGUGUUCGCUCCCACAUGGUAAACGACCAAGCCUGACAGCCUAGCCAGACCAUAAUUCGAAAGAAGGCUCCCAGUAUGGCUAAUCACAUCGACGCACUAUUCGGCACAUACCGCGUUCAAAUCGAUGGUACUCCCAUUUAGGUAGAAACCCCGAAAAAGCAAAAACCAAUAUAAUAACUCAGCACCUAUAGAGAAGUACCAUGCAGCAGGAUACCUCGCGCUGCUCGCGUUGACGCAGCCUCGCACAGAGCCUGCAUUUCAGCCCCCCGAAU